AUGGAGCCAUCCUCUGCAUCUCCUGCGUCCCACUCGUCCGACGAGGAUUCAUCAUCUUACUCACCCCUUCUCUCUCGUAUUAGCAAACGCGAAUAUCUUCUCGCACAAAUCCGCCAGAAGGAUGCGAUUAUCGAGAAGCUGCUCCGAGAGCUACAUAACCCGUAUACAGCCACACCGCUUUCAAUUGCAUCGUACCGGAUGGCUACCUCUCCUUCGGACAGGAAUAAUCGAGAUGUUAUCGCUUGGCUCGACCGCCUCCAGGCCAGUAUGGAGGUCAGCGUGCAGAGCGCUGGGGCUUCGGGUGGUGCCGAAGCAUUCAAGAUCGAGUCACGUGGCCAGAAUGAUAUGGUGGACGACGACUCGGAUGGUGAGGUAGAGGGAGACGAACUGGACACCGGUGGUGACGGGGAAGACAGUGGCCUUCCCAGGGACGACAAACUCCCUGCAUUCCCCGAUACCUCAGUACCACUGGGCCUCCUUGCAAGCUUAGCACUGGAGAAUCCCAAGAAGUCGAAGAAGGCCAAUAAGAACAAGCCUGGCGCGGGUGAUUCCGACGAUGAAGAAGUUGGCAUGGCUAGGCCUGCCUUUGAUCUUUCAAUCCGUGCAUCGCUAAUCGAGAAUCACACGCCACCGGAGAUCCUGACUCAUGGACUGCUCACUCCGGAUGACGUUGAUAAGCUCUUCGAUAUCUUUUACACUAAGCUUAACGUCCAUGUCACCUUACUUGAUCGCGAGAUACACACCGUGCAGUCAACAUUCGCCAGGUGCCCGUUCCUAUUUACAGUCGUGUGCGCGGUCUCGUCGCGUUACUAUAAGGAGAAGUCGGAGAUCUAUCCGAUUGCGAUGCAUUUUGCGCGAAGAGCAGCUGCAGACGGCCUCCUUAAUGGAUGGAAAUCAGUCGAACUUUCUCAAGCCUACAUCCUGUUAAGUACCUACGCUGUUCCCGCACGCCGCUGGGAAGAAGAUCGUAGCUGGAUGUAUAUCGGUCUCGCGAUUCGCAUUGCCACGGAUCUCAACUUGCAUCAAGUUUCAGCAAUCAAACCCAAGUCUGACCAGCAAAAGCGUGAGAUUUUGAAUCAGGAGCGACUGUGGUUAAACUGCUUUAAUCUUGAUCGGUCUAUGGCCACGCAAUUUGGCAAGCCGUCGACGAUCAAGGAAGACUAUAUUAUUCGCAACUCCGAGGUAUGGUACAAGAAGUCACCCUUAAACAAUGGUGGGGAUCCCGGUCUGUGCGCGUAUACUCAAUUGUUGCGUACUGUGGCACGCUUCCACGAAGAGAUUUAUUCAGACCCUAACGCACCGACGGGCCUGAACCAGAGGCUCGACUUCCGUGCAGUCACGUUGGCUCAUGACGAACGUCUUACGAGAUACUAUGAGGAUUGGACUCACAAGUUCGAAGAGGAUGGUCAAUUGGAAGACCCAAGUAAUGCCUUCCGGGCAUCUUUACUGCCUUUCCUGACAAACUAUUCCCGACUUGUAAUGUAUUCAUUCGGGUUCCAGCAAGCGUACAUUCGUGGGAUCAAACCCGAAGAUCAGCUUUUCUUAGAUAAAUGUUUUGAAUCUGCGAAAUCGGUUAUCUUGUGCAUGAUUGAAACAUUAUGCCCCAGCGGAUAUAUGCGAUAUUCGCCCGACGGCCAUUUUAUUUUUGCAUCCUUUGCUUCGGCCUUCUUAUUGAAGUUGUUGCGUCCCGAAUUCAAGAGCCUCAUUACUUCAGAGCAGGAGGCGGAGAUUUAUGACUUAAUAGGCAGAUUGAUUUCGACUUGGAGCUCAUCCGAGAUUUCAAUCGAUGAUCGCCACACGCCUAAGCUGCAUGCCCGCUUCCUGGCUGGUCUGUUGACAAGGCAUCGACGCGACAUCGCUACGAGUGGACGUAUCCAGUCUCAGCCCCAGCACCCACCGCAGACUCAGACAUCGCAAACCACACCAGGUUCUAGCACCACGUUCCAAUCUCAGGCCGGUUCGUCAACGGCGUCAAGCCCCUCACAGCACAUAUUUGCGGCAGCGCCGUCCCAGUCAGACUAUCAGGAGAACCCGGGCAUGAGCAGCGGUGGUGCGCUUGCGCAAGCGUCAAUGUCUGGGGAAUUGGUCUAUCAGCCGGAUAUCGUGUAUGCCGGCUCGGGCCCAAUGGAAGUGUUCGAUUCUGCGCUUGGGCCAAACGGGCAGGGCUUCGAGUCUUUGGGCCCUUUGGCACAUUUGAACAACCCUGGGUAUUGGCGCGACAUGAUGAUGCCAGGGUAUUCUUGGCCGGAAUCUCCAAGUCUGCAAGAUUACGCCCAUGCACCCGGCCUCGGCAUUGGAUUCCCCGCCCUUCAACCCGAGGUUCAUUUGUUCGGCUGA